AUGGGUGGGGCUUGGUGGGGCUUGGGGAACUUGAAUGAAAGUUCAUCAUCACAACAACAAACAUUGUGGUAUAUAUAUAUAUAUACAAUGUUGUCAUUGGUGACAAAGAGAUUGGCAGGAGCAGCAACAUCGCCUGCAUUUGCAUCACGUUCAUACUCGACUGCACAUCGUAGUGAUGUGUUGCGUUUGGUCAGUGGUUUCCGUCUGCACGGUCACUUGAAGGCAACAGUCGACCCAUUGGCACGCCUCGAGCGCAAGUCAUCACCAUUGCUCACACUCGAGCACUACGGUCUGAGCAACCAGGCCACCAUCAAGCCAGACGGCACACUGCUCUCGCAAUUGGACCAGCAGGACAUUCAGCUGGACUCGGUCGUCGAGUACCUCAACACUACAUACUGUGGCGACUCCACCGUGCAGUUUGAGCACAUCGAGUCGGAGGAGGAGAAGCAGUGGCUCUACGAGACGUACGAGCGCAUCCAGCAGACCAAGCACACAGAUCAGCAAAAGAUCAACAUCCUCACCAACCUCGUCAAGUCCGAGGUGUUUGACCACUUCAUGCAGAAGAAGUUCCCCACCACCAAGAGGUACGGACUCGAGGGCAAUGAGAGUAUGAUGGUGGCCUGCGACGCCGUGUUCAGCCAGUGCGCCAAGGAGGGCGUCGACAACAUUGUCAUUGGCAUGCCACACAGAGGCCGUCUGAACCUGCUCGUGCAGAUGUGCAACUACCCCGCCAAGGACCUGUUCUGGAAGGUGAAGGGCAACUCUGAGCUGCCCCCAGGCAUCGCCGGCAUCGGUGAUGUUCUGUCUCACAUUGGUGUCUCGACCGACAUCACCGUCGACACGGGCAAGAUCCACGUGUCUCUGAUGCAGAACCCAUCGCAUCUCGAAGCCAUCGACCCAGCCGCCCUCGGCAAGGCCCGCGCCAAGCAGUUCUACGCCAACGACACUGACAGGAGCGGAACCGUCUGUCUGAUGCUGCACGGUGACGCCGCCUUUGCCGGCCAGGGAGUGGUCACCGAGACCCUCUCACUGUCACAGCUGCCAGGCUUCAACGCCGGCGGUGCCAUUCACAUCGUUGUCAACAAUCAGCUUGGCUUCACCACCGUCCCCGUCAACGGAAGAUCCACCCGCUACUCAUCGGACAUUGGCAAGUUUGUGGGAUGCCCCAUCGUGCUGGUCAACGCACAGAACCCAGAGGCUGUCGACAAGGUGUGUCGUCUGGCCGUCGAGUACAGGAACAUGUUCAAGAAGGAUAUCAUCAUCGAUCUGAUUGGAUGGCGUAAAUAUGGUCACAACGAGGUCGACGAGCCAUCGUUCACUCAGCCCACCAUGUAUACCAACAUCCGCAAGCGUACCUCCAUUCCCCAGAUCUACGCCAAGCUGCUGCAGGCCAACAAUGUGUUCUCGGCCGAGCAGUUGACCGAGUUCACCAACGAGCAGCAGCGAUUGCUCGAGGAGCAAUUGGCAUUGACCACUGGCGACUUCCAAUACUCCCCAGCAGACCAUUUGCAGGGCAAGUGGAGCGGACUGAUGCAAUCGACUGUCAUCCAGCCACAACCAGACACUGGCUUUGACAAGGAUGCCCUGGUUCAGAUCGCACAGGACUCUAUCAAGGUGCCCUCCGACUUUACCGUGCAUCAACGUUUGGUUAGAUCAUUCAGCAAUGCACGUACCGACAAGAUUAAGGUUGGUCAGGCCGACUGGGCCACCGCCGAGGCCAUGGCCGCCGGCUCUCUGUUGCAACAAGGCUACAACAUCAGAAUCUCUGGACAGGAUGUUGGUCGUGGAACAUUCUCGCAGCGUCACUGGGAGCUGUACGAACAAUCAACCGAUCGUGUCCACCAGCCACUCAACCACGCAGGCUACCCUGGUAAGCUGUCGAUUGUCAACAGCAACCUCUCAGAGUUUGCCGUCAUGGCCUACGAGUACGGCUACUCGCUCGAGUCGCCAAAGACCCUUCCAAUUUGGGAGGCCCAGUUUGGUGACUUUGUCAAUGGUGCACAGAUUGUCGUCGAUCAAUUCAUUGCCAACUCUGAGGCCAAGUGGCUGAAGCAGACCGCUCUGAUCCUGUUGUUGCCCCACGGCUUUGAUGGCGCCGGCCCCGAGCACUCUAGCUGCAAGAUGGAGCGUUUCCUGCAGCAAUGUGACACUGAGGCAGUGGACGUGAAGAACGUCGAGAAGACACAGCGCGAGACCAACAUGUACGUUAUCAACCCAUCGACUCCAGCCAACUACUUCCACGCUUUGAGACGUCAAAUGAUCCGUAACUACAGGAAGCCAUUGAUCAUUGUUGGACCAAAGGUUCUUCUUCGUCAUCCAAACUGUUAUUCAUCUCUCGACGAGAUGACUCCAGGUACAACCUUCCAGACCGUCCUUUCCGAUCCAGAUACCAUUUCUAAUCCAUCUGCUAUUGAGCGUGUUAUCUUCUGUACUGGAAAGAUAUUCUAUGAUCUGCAAGAGGAGAGAAAGAAGCUCGGUGACACAAAGACUGCCGUGGUCAGAGUGGAGGAGUUGUCUCCAUUCCCAUAUGAGAGGAUCGAGGAGGAGUUGAACCGCUACUCGAAUGCCACCAGAUUUGCUUGGUGCCAGGAGGAGCAACAGAAUGCUGGAGCAUGGAGUUUUGUCGAGCCAAGAUUCAAGCGUUGGGAUCAGACCAGCAACAUCAAGUACAUUGGACGUGGUCCACUCUGUGCCAGCGCCAUUGGAAUUUCCAACAUUCACAAGAAGGAAGUUGCACAACUUUCAAAGGAUGCCUUUGAUUUCUAA